AACUUAUCAAAGCGGAGCACAAGAGACAAGCUACAAGGAAAAAAAUAGCUGAGACAGCCAGUAACUCUCAGCGCUUGAGCUCGUGGCUAAUUCAACCAGAAACAUCCGAGCAUAGAGAUAGUUUAGCAACAGCCGAGCAAGUAACUUUGGUGAGUUUUGUUAGUGACGAUGGAAAUUGUAUUACGCAAAAUCUGGAUCAUUCUGUUCAAGAAAGUUGCAGUAAUGCCAGUGAAACUUUAGUGGGUCUUAAUAAUGAAGAGGAUAAGGAAGACGUCAGCAGUCGUGAGACUGAAUCUACUCCCCUACUUGUUGACGUUAACAGUUUUAAUACUGAUACCAGUAAAGAAAAUUUCGAUGGAUUAGAUGCAAGCACAAAUGAUGACUUUCCUGGCAUUAUCUCAAACCCAGAGAUCAAGAAAACAAUUAUUGCAGCAGGUCCCAAACAACCUAAAGGACCUUUCCCUAAAGAUCCUCUCAAAAACGGUCGGUGUUCUUUCUCACUUCAAAACCUAUGGGGCACAGCAGGUUUAAACGACUGGAGGCAUUUAUCGCAGCAAAUUCGAAGUCAUGAAAGCUCCGCACUUCAUGCGGAAACGUGUGUCGUAUAUGACCAAUGGAGAAACAGUAAGACAAUAGAAGAAGCGUUGCACGGAUCUUUACAAGAGAAAACAAACUUUUGGCAUAAGGUUUUGGAAAGACUAUUAAAUAUUACGCUGAUGUUGGCGAUGUGUAACUUACCGUUUCGCGGAUCAAGUGAAGAUUUUUCGAAGGAUAGAAAGGACAAUUUUCUAUCAAUCAUUCAACUUCUUGCCAAAUAUGACACUGUUUUAGACAUACUUUUACAACUACCUAAAGGUUCUCCAAAAUAUCUUAGUCCUUCCAUACAAAAUGAACUAAUAUCAUUACUGGCUGAAGAAGUUCUCCGUGAUAUAAAAAGUGAACUCCAAAGCGCUCCUUUUUUUGCCAUUAUACUUGAUACGACCCAAGAUGUCAGCAAAAAAGACCAGUUAAGUGAGGUAUUUCGUUAUGUCAAAAUCGUUUACCAUGAUGAUGGAACGCCAUCAGAACUGAAAGUUGUUGAAGCGUUUAACUCAUUUACCGAAGUUGAGGAUUCAUCUGCAAUCGGAUUACACAAACUAAUAACGGAUUCCAUUCAGCAGAAACGGCUUGACAUAAAAAAAUGCCGCGGACAAGGAUAUGAUGGUGCUGCAGUGAUGAGCGGGAAGUACUCCGGCUUGCAAAAGAGGAUCCAAGAUGUGGCUCCACAUGCUUACUACGUGCAUUGUGCUUCGCAUAAUUUAAAUCUGGUGUUAAAAGAUGCCAUGGAAGCUGUGACCGAGACCCGUAAAUUUUACGACACCAUUGAGUCAGUAUAUAGUUUUUUCGGGCAUAGCAUUGUGCGGUGGCAAAAGCUACAGAAUGUACAAGAAUGUUCUUCACCAAAUCCUACAUUGAAAACGUUAAAUCCAACUCGUUGGUCCGGUCGAUAUGAUGCUGUCUAUGCUUUGAAGGAAAGAUUUUUUGACGUUAUGAAAUGUUUGACGCAUAUAAUACUUACCAGCACAAAGCCAAAAGAAAGAGAUGAAGCUAUGACAAUAAAAAAACAGAUGGAAAACUUUGACUUUGUGUUUAUGCUCGUUGUUCAGUGCAAGGUUUUGCAGAUCGUCAACAUUCCUUCGAAAGCUAUGCAGUGUAAAACAAUUGACUUAAUUUCUGCCCAUAAACUUUUGCAAACUGCUGCUCAUGACAUCGCUCAGCUCAGAAGGAGUUUUGACGCAGUAAUAAAAGAAGCUUCCAGUAUUGCUUCUCAAUGGGGUUUGCCAAGACAGUUUUUAAACAAGAGGGCAAAGAAAACAAAAACCUACUUUGAUGAAGUUUCCGAAGGAAUAACGUUAAGCGAUCCUAAGAAGCGAUUUCGGGUAACUGUGUUUCAUCCAAUGAUGGACAAACUUUCUUGCCAACUUAUUAAUCGCUUUGAAGGAAUGAAAUCAGUGGUGACGACAUAUCAAGUUUUGGAACCAAGUUUUCUUUCAAGUGCUUCUCAUUUGGAUAUUGAGGUUGAGGCAAAAAAAUUUGCUGACAAAUUUGCUGAUGACGUCUCUCCUUUGUUUCCAAGCCAAAUUCUUUCCAUCAAAACGUCGUUUAAAGAAAAGAUUGAACAUUUAAAAUCUGCCAAAGAAAUGGCUUCUUUUUUGAUUGUAGAAAAUGCAUCACUUGCAACAUCUUAUCCUGACGUUUGCACGGCAUACAUGAUGUAUCUGACAGUACCUGUUACAGUUGCUACGGCAGAGAGGUCUUUUUCUAAACUUAAACUGAUCAAAAACUUUCUUCGAAGCUCCAUGUCCCAAGAGAGACUUAGCGGUUUGUCUCUGCUAUCGAUAGAAAAUGAACGAGCUAAAAAUUUAGAUUUUAGAAAAGUCAUCCAGCAAUUUGCUAGUGUAAAAGCAAGACGGAAAAACUUCUAG